AUGGAGCAUUCGAAUCCGGAGUCACGAUUUGACAUCGAGACGUUUCCAGAAUAUUUUCCAAUUCUUGAAGUAGAUAAUAAAUCUAGACUCCUUCUAAGGCAUUACAAGCCACGUAUUAGAUCUUUUUCCGCACCAGCUGCUUCACAUGUUCAACAAGGUGUUCAGGAAGACGAUCGGAAAGACGAUCAAGAUUUUAUUAUACUUCACGAUCCUAAACUUACACCCGAAACAUUGCAAAGAAGAAUAAGUCUUACUCGAAAUGGUGAUCAACUACGAAGGUAUUCUAUGUCAGAUCCGCGCGGCCCUUUACGUGGUUAUGGUAGGCGCGUUAAUGGAAAAAGGCAGCGAUAUUUGAAGAUUUUACACAUCCUAAAAUAUGAGAGCGAUAAUAAUGCAAAUCAACCUAAGGAAGCUUCAAUAUUUAUAUCUCAACUUGAUAAAUUCGUAACUGAAAGUCAACUUCGGGUACAAUUUGAGGAAUGUGGAAAUGUAAUUUAUUGCAAAAUUGAGAACAAUCCAAUUCAUAAUGAUAGUCUCGGACUAGCUAGAUUAACAUUUUAUGGAGAAAAUAACGGUGAUGCACUGAUUUCGGCUAGAGACUCAAUAUUCAAAUUUAAUGGAAAAUCAUUAUUUAAUGGUCCACCCAUAAAAUUAGAACUUGAUAAUGAUGGUUCAAAAAUAAAAACGGCCGCUGAAAUGAUAAUUACUGAAAGUCAAAAUUCAUUAGAACCCUCUGUCAGUAACAAAUUCAGCGAACCGUCCCCGACACCAUUACCUAAUGACGAUGAUAUGGAAAUAGGGGAUGCACCAUCACCACCUGCUGUUAUUGUUUCAGUUCUCGUCACUAAAGUCCAAAGUACAUUACAAACUUCGGUCCUAUUAGAUAAGACCAAGAGGAAGACUACGCCUUCGACUUCUAAUAAAGUUCAUUCUAAAGACUCGCGCGUUUCACCCGAAAAGAUUGAACAAAAGUUCGAAUUGCCACCGAAAAGACCGAUCGACGAUGAUAAGGAGGAAGGUGAAAUUGACUCAACCUAUGAAGAGGAGUCAUAUGGACCUGCUAGUGGACAUUUAUCAUCUAGAGAAAAAGGAAAAUGGUUUGAAAAGUAUUCUCUUGAUUCGCAACAUUUGGAUUAUAGUAUACCUACGGUUGUCCCCUCUAAGCGUUCUUAUGAUCAAUAUAUACCUGAUUAUAGUAAUGAUCGUAGUAGACAUUUAAAUCAAGAAAGGAGAAGGCGUAAUUCUUCUAGAGAAAGAUUUAUUAGAAACAAUCUUAAUGUAGAGAAAAGUCGUAGCCGAAGUCGAGGCAGAAGUCCUAUCGGAAGCGGUAGUCAACCAAGGAGUCGCGAUCGUGAUUUUGGACGCAGUCGUAAUCAUGAACCCGUUCGUAAUCGAGAUCGUGAUUCAAUUCAAAGUUAUAAACGCGACAGUUCUCGCAGUCAUGAUCGUGAUAUGUGUCGAACCCAUGAUCGUUCUAACGCACGUGAUAAUGUUUAUCGUAGCCAUGAUCAUGACAUGGUUCGUAGUGGUCGUGACAUGUAUAAAGAGGCUCAUGGUGGUGAUAAGAAAGCAGAAGAAAAGAAAAUCAGUGAGACGCGUGAUUUCUGGGCAGAUGUCGAUAAGAAGCUCGAUGGUCCAAAGAGUUCUUCGGAGUUUUCGUCUAGAGAUCACACGAAAUUUCGGAAAAGAUCCCAGCUUAAUAAAGAUAACUCAUCAAAAUCACAUUCCGUUAAUGAAUCAAGGAAUAAUAUUCAAAAUGAAAAUAAAGAUUCCGUAAAUUCAAAUUCCAUGUCGACAAAACGACUGGAAUUUUCUCAUAUUUCCAAAUUUGACGAAGAUAGAAGUGCGUUUGGCUUGAAUUUAAAAAAGUCGGCACAAAGGGUUAGUACGUCAAAGGUCGAAUCUAUUGAUAAAUAUACAAAUGUUAAUCGACUAACGAAACUUAAAAGUUAUCCAAGCAAACCACAACCAAGUUCAAGACCUUCUGAAGGUUACAGAAAACCAAAUAUAAGUGACUGGGAUUAUUCAUAUUCGUCAUCAUCUGAUUCAUCUGAAACCAGUGCGCAGAAGAAAAAGAAAGCACAAGAUGCUAAAGGAAAAUUACUUCCAAAGAAUAUUUCUUUAGCGUCAAAUAAGGUUGAAGACAAUAAAAAAGUUGAUAAUGAUGAAAAGAAACAGGGCCAAAAUCAUGUGUCGCAACGAAAGAAAUCACCUCAAAAGCAAGUCAAGUCAAGCAUUCGGAGUGCUUCUGAAAGCAGGACAAAAUCUAAAGUUGUACGCAAGUCAAAGUAUGCUGAUUUAACGAGUGACAAUAUUAUUAAAGAGGCUGAUAAUUCUAUAUCUGAAUCCAGCGCAAAAGCAAAAACUGUUCGAAAACAAAAGAGCAUAAAUACUUCUAAUAUCAGGACUAACUUGGAAGCACAAAAUCAAAGUCGCAAAUUAAAAGAAACUGUCAUACAUCGUUCUUCAAAUGAUCUAGCUAGUUCCGAGAAUAGUGAUAGUGAUAAUCAAACACUUUAUAAAUCGCACCUUUACAAUACAAGCAAUGAAUCUACAAAUGACGAUGAUGACUAUACUGAUAGAGAUUAUCUUACAUCAGGUGAUGAUAUUACUGAUGCAUAUGAUUUGGAUAUGAUUCGACUUUAUUUUGAAUUAAACGAGAAAGGCUUACUGAAUAAUGAUGGUGAGCCCAUAGAAUGGUCCGAAAAUGAAGAGUUUACUAUACGUGUAGGUGAUCACGUUGAAUCUUUUAAAGAUUACGCACCAGAUGAUGGACCUCACAAAACCGGCUGCGCUCGAACCGAAGGAUAUUAUAAAAUACCUCCGGAAGAGAAGCGCAAGUACGUAGCAUAUGGUAUACCCGGUACUUCUUAUGCAACAGAUAAAGCACCGGCUCCGAGUUCGCGUGCAUCACGUGCAAAACGUCGUGAACUUCAAUCUCGUAUGGCAGAGUAUCAGGAUGUAGCAACUGAUGCGGAUAUCUUAUUAUACAAUCCACUUAAAGCGCGUGAGAAGGAACUUACAAUUGCAAAAUCGAAGAUCCAUCAUUAUGGCCUUUUUGCUUUGGAGCGUAUUAAAUCUAGUGAAUUCGUUAUUCAAUAUACUGGAGAACUUAUACGUCAAGCCGUUGCCGAUCUUCGGGAAAGAAAAUAUAAAGCUGAAGGUAUAGAUGGAAGCUAUAUGUUUCGUGUUGGAGAUGAUACCAUUAUUGAUGCCACCAAGAUGGGAAAUAAUGCAAGGUUGAUAAAUCACUCAUGUGAUCCAAAUUGUAAUGCGAAAAUUCUUACUAUUAAAGGGAAGAAAAAGAUAGCCAUAUAUGCAAAACGAGAUAUUGAAUUUGGAGAAGAGAUCACUUAUGAUUACAAGUUUCCUAUUGACAAACAUGACAAAAUCCCUUGUCAUUGUGGCGCUUCGAAUUGUAGAGGGUUCUUGAAUUAA